UCAUGUGCACUUGUGAACGCGCGAUAUUGAAACAAGUCGAAAGUCCGGUGAUAAAUCCACAACACCUUCUUAUCUUCUCAUCUGCUCAGCACCGUUGAUUGAAGUAUCAAAACGAAGCGUUUCUGACGGAAAGUACCAUUUACACGCAAAGAGUCCAGAGUACGCGCCCAAAACCUGCAGAUAGACCAAGCUUGAGAUAAAGAGACAUGGCAGAUACAGAUGAGCACAUAAAACGUCCCAUGAACGCCUUCAUGGUUUGGUCAAGGACUGAACGCCGCAAACUUGCUCUCAAGUAUCCAAACAUGCUGAACUGUGAAAUCAGCAAACUACUUGGAGCCGAGUGGAGUCGCUUAAGCGACGAAGAGAAGAAGCCCUUCGUGAUGGAGGCCAAGCGGUUGCGCUCAAUUCAUAGCCAGAAGUAUCCAGACUACUCUUACAAACCGCGUCGAAGGAAGAACAAAAAUGCUCGCAGCAAAGACACCUACGCCACGUUUGGUUACAGCUCCAACUUCGAUGUCCUCUCGCCCGGCUACAGCUACCCAAUGCAUCAUUACCUCAGCCCUCACGUUCCUCCUUACAGUGAAGCCUUCGUGAUGCCGUUGGUUAACGCACCCACAGCAACCGUUACUAAACGCCCAUACAUUCCAAGUGGAUACUCUCUACCAAGCCAGGAUCCUCAUAUUCCACCUAGCGAGUAUCCGCAUCACAGUCACGUUCCAGUGGCACUUGUUUCUCCAACUUCAAGUUAUCAAGCUCACACCAUGUCUGAGCGUGCUCAAGAAAAGGCACCCUUAUUUUCCCCGUUCCAAAGCUCGUAUUUUAAGUCUUACUAUGGACACGGACAAUGUCCCAUGGCUUCGCAAAGCCAACUAGGAACUAACAUUCCUCGCUGAAGGAAAUCAGCCAAGUUAGUGAAAACACGCUGCAAACUUCUGUAUUUUAAACACCAUAAAAACUUGUUUCCGGUCAUUCGUUUUUGUAAACAUAUGACCCUUGAGUUCGAAGAUGAUAUUGAAAUAUUCUAAACUUUGUCUAUAAAAUUAUUUCUCAGCACGUCAAACCAUAAUAUUCAACUAGUGUAAAGUACGUAGUUUUAUUUCAUUUAUACACGAGUUGCAUGCAAUUCUUCCAGAAAAGAAGAGAUUAAUGA